AUGGAUCCAUAUAGACCUCCUGACGUCAGUAAUAUGGCUGGAUUUCCAUGGCGUGGACGAAGUAGAGGAGUUGAUGUAGGAAGAGCCAGAGGGUUUUUCAGUCCUGCUAAUACACUGCCAGGACAAGUAUCCGCUGAAUCCACAUGUGACCCAUUUGCUGGACGAGCUAGAGGGCUUCAGUCUGAAAGUGGAAGACUUGUUGGAGCAAGAGGUGAAAGCUUUUCUUUGUCAGAGCCCAAGAUAGGUAUGGCAAGAGGCACAGUUGUGUCAAGCACGGAGAUUCGGAAAGAUAUCGCGGAACAAGCUCUAACCAAAAAAGAGGUUGAUCCCACUGCAUGUGCUCAAGGACCCACACUGGUCUCCAUGUUCAAAGGAAUGGGCUUUGAGCCUUCGGUUGCCCCAUGGGGAAGAGGUGUUUUACCAGCAGGAAGAGAAGUUGUUGGGAAGAUAGAAGAGGAACAGCAGCCAAGUACAGAAGUAGGCGUGGUAGCCAGUUCCCUACAGACAAGUGACCACCGCCAAGCAGUGAUUGGCCGGGGGAGGAGCUUUAUUGGCAAGGACAUUUCCCCUGGCGUGAUGGUCGGAGUCGGAAGAGCACUUGCUCCUGGAAUGGAACGAGGAUCCCGUGCAUCUCUUUCCUCUUUUCCUUUCGAAGUUGUCCAAGCUGGUUCUCAUGCAUCUGAGCCAACAGUGCAGGAUCCCUCGAAGAUCUCUGACACAGAGUACCAUCUUGAUAAUGAAUCAAAACAUAGGAUAGAUUUUACAUGUGAGCCACUCAGCAAGACUGGAACAAAAGGAGCUUCGAUAAUGAUUGGCUCCAAUCAUAUUCCAAUUGACUGCAAGAACAAAGCUGUUUAUCAGUACCAUGUGACAUUUACACCAAAUGUUGAAUCCAUGUCAAUGCGAUUUGGGAUGAUGAAAGAUCACCGCCAAAUCACUGGCGAUGUAAUGGCUUUCGAUGGUAGUAUCCUCUACCUUCCUCUCCAACUGAAAGAUGAGGUGGUUCUCAAAAGUGUGAGGAGGACCGACAAUCAAGAAAUAAAAAUCCAAAUACAGAAGACAAAGAUUUUGCCUCCCAGCAGCAUUCUUUGCAUUCCACUCUACAAUGUCUUACUCAGGAGGGUGAUGAAAAUUCUCGGAUUGAAGCUGGUUGGGAGAAAUCACUACGAUCCAGAAAGUGCAAUAGUUCUUGGCAAACAUCGACUCCAGGUGUGGCCAGGUUUUUCAACAUGUAUCAAACAGACAGAUGGUGGUCUGUACCUUUGUGUUGAUGUGUCUCACAAAGUUCUGCGGAAUGACUCAGUACUGGAUGUCAUGAACAUUCUCUACCAGCAAAGCAAGGAGAAAUUUAGAGAUGAAUGUACCAAGGAACUUGUUGGUAGCAUAAUCAUCACCCGCUACAAUAACCGGACUUAUCGCAUCGAUGCCAUUGAGUGGGAUAAAUCACCCAAAGACACCUUCACCCUGAUGGAUGGCACCAAAACAACUUUUGUUGACUACUACAGCAAGAACUACGGGAUUCAUAUCAAAGAAAUGGCACAACCCCUUCUAAUCCAUAAACCAAAGGAGCGGUCAAAGCCAGGUGGAAAGCAAGUCAUUACUGGAGAGAUCCUACUAGUUCCUGAGCUUUCUUUCAUGACUGGAAUCCCAGAAAAUAUGAGGAAGGAUUUCAAAGCAAUGAAGGACCUGACCAUGCACAUUAAUCUGAAUGGUGACCAGCACACCCAUGCAAUAAAGCAGCUUCUGAGGAACAUAAGCAGUAACCCUGAAAGUCAGAAACAAGUCAAACAGUGGGGCCUGGAUUUUGGCACAGAAAUCCUAAUGAUGAAUGCGAGAACUCUGCCACUUGAGGCUAUUUGUGUCCAAACUGCAUCAUUUACCAUUGGUGGUGAUGGGUCUUGGUCCAAAGAGAUUGUCAGGCUGGCUUCAAUCAGCAGUGUCCCUCUGAAAGCGUGGGCCAUCUUCUACCCUCGACGCUUUGCAGAUCAGGCUGAAGAGUUGAUUGUGACCUUUAACAAGGUGGCGGGGGCCCUUGGCAUGCAAGUGGCUCGGCCUUCGUUUGUAGAGCUGAGAGAUGAUCGCACAGAAUCGUAUAUGAAAAGUAUACACUCUCAACUCACAAGUGAGCCUAGAUUGCAGCUCGUAGUGUGCAUCCUGGUAGGGAACAGAAAUGAUCUCUACAGUGCCAUCAAGAAGCUCUGCUGUGUUAAAAGUCCGAUUCCAUCCCAGGUUAUCAAUAUCAGGACAAUUUCCCAGCCACAGAAGUUAAGGAGUGUGGCCCAAAAGAUACUCCUGCAAGUGAACGGCAAAUUGGGUGGAGAACUUUGGACCGUCAACAUCCCCCUGAAAAAGCUGAUGGUGGUAGGAGUUGAUGUCCACCAUGACACCAGCAAGGCUCGCCAGUCAGUCAUGGGCUUUGUCGCAAGCCUAAAUGGCCCACUGACUCGCUGGUAUUCCAGAGUAACAUUUCAAGGACCCAAUGAAGAACUUAUAAAUGGUUUCACAAUUUGCCUGUUGGAUGCUCUGCACAAGUAUCACGAGGUCAACCAUCACAUGCCAGAAAAGAUUGUGGUUUAUCGGGAUGGCGUGUCAGACAGCCAGAUGAAGAUGAUUGAGCAGUAUGAGAUCCCGCAGCUGAUCAAAUGCUUCGAGAGCUUUCCAAGCUAUGAGCCCAAGCUGGUUUUUAUUGUGGUCCAAAAGAGAAUCAGCACUACCCUCUAUUCCUUGGUCGGUAGCGGCUUUGGGGCACCUACACCUGGAACUGUUCUGGAUCACACUCUCACCCAGGAAAAUGGUCAGUGGGUGGACUUUUACCUCAUGGCACACCACAUUCGCCAGGGAUGUGGACUUCCAACCCACUACGUUACGGUUUACAACACAGCCAACCUCACUCCAGACCACCUUCAAAGGCUGACCUACAAAAUGUGCCACUUGUAUUGGAACUGGCCGGGAACAAUUCGGGUUCCGGCACCGUGCAAAUAUGCACAUAAACUGGCAUUCCUUUCAGGCCAGCACCUGCACGCGGAACCAGCCAUCCAGAUGGCAGACCGGCUCUUUUUCCUAUGA